AUGGAAUCGUCCGAAAGCCCGGAUUCGAACGACGUGACAACUAUUAGCCACGACACAGGUGCUUCGGAAAUCGCGAACCAAGUCGAAAGCAGCCCGACGAUAUAUAGCCACGGUCAGGCAAGUUUUUCGGGAAACGAUCAGGCGAUGGCUGCCCAACCACGACAUGGCAAUGUCAAUGAGCAACAACUACAAUCCGAGGACGUCGGCGAGCAGCAAUCCGAGAGCGGUGCUGCCAUGAAUCCCGGCUCAAACAGAGAAGCGUUGCCAAAUCAAAUCGCAAAUGUGCCAAAUUACAACAUGAACCAGCAACAUGAACAGUUGUUGAACAAUUAUCGCAAUCCACAGCUACCGAUGAAUGAACAAAAUGGCCAAUAUGAUCAACCGCCCCAGGUAAGGCCACGUCGGCCACCGUGGUACUCUAGAAGGGGAAGGUAUCCAAUCCGACAAAGAUUUCCACAUUUCCACUUAACCUUUGGAAACCAAGACUGGACGUUCAAUGAUUUUAGUGGACGAGUGCCAAUGAGAGAUCGCCCACUGCCAUCGUUGAGACAUCGCCAACGGCACCCGGUAAAUAUAUGCCAUCGGCUAACGAUGAAUGAACGCCAUCCAACAAAUGAACCCCAACGGAAUGGUGAGCAAAAUCAACCGACCCAGGCAAGGCCAAAUCCUCCGCCAUUAAUAUCAAGAAUAGAGAUUGAGCCUGGGAUUUUCGAGGAAAUUUACUCGCACAGAAGUUAUCAAAUAGACAGGCCCAGAAUUUUCGGCGCCGAAAGAUGUGCCUGUCGAAAUUAUGUCAAUUACAAUCGUGGGAAUAAUGAGAUGAUAACAGUGAUUAUGAAUAGUCCAAAUUUACAUAUGCGAUUUAGUAUGACUACGAGCCGUGAAACACAAUUUACAGACCUGUUUAGAGCUUAUUUUGGAUUUACAAAAGAACCUCAUAAUACAGUCUUUGUCGCAUGUGGUCAAAGGUUACUUCGAGAACAUACUCCAAGAGAUAUCGGAAUGAAAAACCGUGAGAACAUAUAUGCCUUCGUCAUUACUGAAGGAGAUUUAAAAAAAAACAACAAUAGUUCAAAAUAA